GUCCGUCGCGUGCGCGUCGCUGAUACCGGUACGACCGUAUCGUACCGCACUGUACCGACCGUUCGCCGAUCCGUCAUCGCUCGCGGGAAACGGCGGGAAAAGAAUGGCCGGAGCGUCGAAUUUGAAAUGAGCUCGAAGCGCGAGUCCAGGCGGAUUUCAAAAGGCGACUUUCCGCAGCCGCGCGUCCCAGCGAAUGGCGAAUGUAACGCGCGCAACUUUUCAACGGGCCAACAAAUAUCCCGUCGCGUUGCCGACGGACGAGCCGUUCUACGUGCUUUAAUCCGGGCGACGCCGGUCAACGCCGGCGUGAGCAUUUGCCGAUGCCGUCACGACUCACGAAAGUAACGAUUGAAAGGACCCUCGGGAUAUAUCACCGCGCAUUUCGCAGGACCGAGUUGGUUCGCAGUUGCAAUCACCACACACGGUGAAUGCGGGCCGCGACUUUCGCUCGGCGAAAUCAAUUUUUCCGUUUAUUUCGGCGCUCCGUUCCGGCGGACGCUCCGCCAACGGCGAUAGCCUCGAUAACGCGCAAGGAAAUGCCGCGGUAAUUGAUUACGUUUCGGGAUAAUUUGUUCAAGUGCGGAGCGAAGUUUCGGGAGAGCCGGGAAGAAAUAUGUUUGGGAACGCGGGCGAAAGAUCGCGGGCUGGUAGUGUCGGUGGCAGGAACGCUCGAGCGCUGAACGAAUGAUGAACGAGAUACGCGUGUUUACAGGCCGCCGCUAGACGUGUGCUCGUGCGUAUGUGCGUGUGUGCGUAUGUGCGUGCGAGAAAAGAAAGUGACGAGGCUCUUGUUGAUAAAAGGAGAGAAGUACAAGCUGACGUAGGUGGACUCUCGAUGCGAUGUAACGCCCGAAGCAGGAUACCUUCGUCGAUAUGAACGCAUGGAUCGAUGCGAAGGGGGAUGAGAGAUCCAAGUGCACGGGUGACAAGAAAAUGUCGAUUCAAGGGCGCAAUCUGUCCGACAACCUGGUUUCCACGGAGUAUUUUGGUGCUCUAGCGACCGACGGCUACUCGCCGAUCGUUACAGGUCUGCCUCGGUUCACUACCGUCACUUCCGGCAUCGCGAACGUCACCCUGCCGGUCGGCCAACAGUCGAGCCAAGACCGCCUCAUGAAGACCCUCAUCAUACCGCUGUACGGGAUAAUCUUCUUCCUGUCCAUCGUCGGCAACUCGUUGGUGCUCAUCACCCUGGCGAGGAAUAAAAAGAUGCGCACGGUGACGAACGUGUAUCUGCUGAACUUGGCUGUCUCGGAUCUUUUGCUCGGAGUGUUCUGCAUGCCCUUCACUCUUCUGGGCCAGAUCCUCAAGAACUUCAUCUUCGGUCUCACGAUGUGCAAGCUGAUACCGUAUUUUCAAGCCGUCUCGGUGUCGGUAGACGUCUGGACGCUGGUCGCAAUUUCCAUCGAACGCUACUUCGCCAUUUGCCGGCCGUUGAAGUCGAGACGAUGGCAGACACGGUUUCACGCUUACAAAAUGAUCGCCAUCGUGUGGAUCCUGAGUCUCACGUGGAACGCACCGAUCCUCGUUGUGUCCCGGCUGAAAAGCUUGCACGGAGGAAGGCACAAGUGUCGCGAGGAAUGGCCGAGCGUCGGCUCCGAGAGAGCGUUCAAUCUUUUCCUGGACGGCACGCUGCUGUUGGUGCCGUUGCUGUUCAUGAGCCUGGCUUAUUCGCUGAUAGCGAUAAAACUUUGGCGCGGGCUAAAGCGCGAGUUACGGCAGUCAUCGACGUGCACGAGAAGACUCGAGAGAACAAGAUCCGCCACGACGAUUCGGGGCUCAACUUAUAAUAACAACAGCGACCGGGGCGCAAGUUCGACAGUGGUGUUCGGCGCUUGCGGCUCAACUUCCAGAUUGCGACGAGGCUUCUCGUCUUCCUCGGGACACUUUCAAAGUGCAUCUCCAGGUGUACCGUCUAGGGUGCGGUUGCAAAGGACGGUGGUCUCCAGGGUGCUUACCGGCAAGUGUCACGGUACAGAUUUGCCCCAGCGAUCCAGGAUCCAGAUACGGGCGAACGGAAGCGAAUGCUUAGUGCGGGACGGGAAGGACACCGCUAACGAGGAUCAACAGGACUCGAUCUGCCCGCUCAGCAGACAACACAUGAUACGCAGUAAUUACAUGGGGAAGAGCAUCGAGGCGAAGAAGAAGGUGAUCCGUAUGCUCUUCGUGAUAGUCUUGGAAUUCUUCGUGUGCUGGGCGCCGUUGCAUAUUAUCAAUACGUGGUACAUCUUCGCGCCCGAUCUGGUGUACACCGUCGUCGGCAGUACCGGGAUCAGUCUGGUGCAGCUGUUGGCCUACGUCUCCAGUUGUUGCAAUCCCAUCACGUAUUGCUUCAUGAACCGAAAAUUUCGUCAGGCGUUCCUCGAGCUCUUCAGCUGCCACCGCUGUUGGAGGGUAGGUUGCAGGCACGGGGACAUCGCGAUGGCGACCACCGGAAACGCUGUGCAGGCUAGCAAUAAUAGCGGAUUGAGCGGAAAUGACUCGACUGUGUAUCUGGGUAGGGCGUCUCUCGCCGCCAGAUCAGAGGUGAUACGAUUGCUGGAGGAGGAGGAUCGCGUCUAAGUCGCGUGUGGAUUAUACGUCGAGACGACGGCGUAACCCGACGUGUCUCGGCUCCCUGUUCUCGCGAGGCGAUUUCACUGCUGAUGGCCGCUCUUCCAGGAGAUAGUAAGGAACUCGCGUGUGUCCGCGCGUUUCAUUGCUCAUCGAAAUCUUCCUGCGUGCACACAAUCUCAACUUCCUUUUACGAUCGACUGAAACGAGUAACGUCGAUGCGAUUUUCGAAACACUCGGCGAACACGUCGUACGUUCUCCGCCUAAAUCGGAAACUCUCUGUCAGAUCUCACGUUUUGUAGUUUUAGUUCCGCCGGAGUUGCAAGCAGACUCGCAAGGGAGAGACGGGGGCGUUGCAUCCCUCUGCGUCGGCUUGUUAUUUUUCUAUUACGCACAUCGAAUCGAUCGUUCGCGCGGCGCUCAGAAAGUUCGAAAAUAAGUGAAUAAAUAAAUAAAUAAAUAAGUAAGCAAAUAUCUAUAAUAAUCUCAACUUAUUGGUGUUUUUGUACAAAUUAGCCGGACAACGGGCGAAAGUUUUACAUUGUAAUCUUAAAUGUGUAAUAUUUGUGUGUAUAAAAUGUGUAAACUAAUCAAGACCGUCGGGUGUGCCGCGCUUGGCGACCUGCGAAAAAUUGAUGAAAUCGAUAUUUGUCAGUAGAUUUGUGGAAAAUACGAUCAAUCGAUACAUUCUCUCAACGGAGACGGAGAAUACUCCAAGAUGGUGGACGCGAGUACUUUGAAAAUUACAUAUUUUUGCCUCCCCUCAACCUCUCAAUAAAUAUACCAAUAAUAUUCUUACAAAUACACUCGUCCUCCAUAAAUAUUUACGAUGGACGCCGAUGAGCGCCACGCCCCCUAGGAAGAAUUGCUAAUUAACCCAAUUUUGAGAUUAUAUUUCAUUCGCGCUCGCGCAUAAAGAUGACAAAACGCUUCGGACACUUCCGCGGGCGAGCUUAACGGGACGCUAUAAAGCACAUUUAUGUGGUAAACAGCUUUAUGCGAAAAACAAACACAGUUAUGCUAUUUCAGGUAACUACGCUCGCUCAUUUAUAUCACUUAUGCAAAUUUUCUACGCGCUUUUGUAUUUAAUGUUCUCGCGUGCUUAUCUAUUAAAUAUAUAUUUUUUUUUCUUUUCGCGCAGCACCCGCGGUUUGUCAACAACAGCACGCGAAUCCUCGAUUUAAUUUUCGCGAUGUAUUCCGCCGCGAAACUCGCCAAAAUUCCAGCGCACCGGAAACACACGCACACUUGGCACGGCGAUUAAAAUGUUAAACACAGCAUAUUUUUCCUCUUGCGAAUGCAUUUCAUCUCUAACACGAAUCUCUACGCAAAUCCCAGGUAACGCCGCUCACAUAUCUUUCAUCGAACAUAUCUUUGAUACACCUGUUGCGCGAUUCAUGGGUCUGUCAGAGAGAGAGAGAGAGAGAGAGAGAGAGAGAGAGAGAGAGAGAGAGAGAGAGAGAGAGAGAAAGAGAGAGAGAGAGAGAGAGGGAGAGAGAAUAACCCUUAAAUGAUCGCGCGAGGCGUGCACGGCCACGAUAUCUGUUUUCGAUGUGUCAAAUUUGCUUCGCUUGAUUCCUCACACACACACACACACACACACACACGUAAUGACAUCUCGGUGUUAUUGUCAUCGCGACGAAAAGUAUCGCUAUUACGCAGAUAAUUUUCUGUGCCUGUUGCACAGCGCGCUGCAGACCCCAUGAAAAUUGGAGUAUUCUAAGAAGUCUGCUUGAAUUUUGCCGAAUCUACUCGCCAUUAUAAACUGACGACGAGAAAAACAUAUUUUUCAGCGAUUUUUCAGUUUACACUGAAUAACUGUAUUUGCUCGCGAAAGCAUCUCUGUCAAGUAUUAUUUUCUCUUUUUAUUAUCCGCGCGAUUCAAUCACAUCCAUUUUUUGCCAAAAAUUUAUGUGGCACAUGAGCGAAAAGAAAACAUCUCUUUUCCCGAUUAAAGAUAUCCUCAGACGGAUGUUCAAGUAUGCACCUCUCUACAUGCGGAAGUAUCGAUUGUUACUUUUGUCGCAAAAUAUAGAGCACUGUGUAAUUUAUAUUAAGACAUGGACGUUGCAACUAAACGGCAUCGUGAAUUAAUUAGUCACGCAAAGAUUGAAAUUGCGCGUCACGAGAAAAGAAAAAGAGAAGAAAGAAAGAAAAUACACUCAAAAGCGUUCUACAUCCCUUGAAAUAUUCAAGAAACAUCCGCAAGUUUUCCGCUGCGAGAAACGUGUAAUAAAGUAGAAUAAGAUUCGAUCGACUUUAUAGAUGGACGCUGCGCUGAGCUGUUUAAUAAACUUUUUGCAACAUGGGA